AUGAUCCAGUCGAAAAGAUUAAUGCUUGUAACGGUAUUAUCAAUUUUAAUUUUUCAAAUCGAUGCCGAAGAUCGUCUUAAACAUUUCGGAGAAGCUAAUAACAUUGCAGCAUUUUAUACUAUAAAAACGUAUAAAAAAAGCGAUAAUGUUAUACUCUCUCCUGUUGGUGUUGUUACGGAACUUGGUAUGACUUAUAAAACAAGCGGAGGAGCAACUCAUCGAGACAUGAGAAGGAACUUAGGCCUUAAUGAAACUGGAUUUCCUGAUCAAUUAUUUGAUCAAACACUUAACGAUUUCAUUUACACAAUUAGUGAAAAGUCACGUAAACAGGCGUUUAAUAUUUCUAGUGCAAUUUUCUCACAAACUAAUUACCAUAUUCUUCCCAAAUACAGAGAUUUAUUGAAGAAUUAUUACCACAUUAAUCUUAUAGAUGUUGAUUUUGAUAAACACAGCAAACAAGCCGUGGAUACCAUUAACGAUUGGAUUAAAAAACAAGAAAAAGGGAAAUUUUCCAGCCUUAUCAAUGCUCUUUCGGGUGAUACAAGAAUGAUUUACCUGAAUACAAUUUAUAAUAAGAUGAGUUGGAAGAAACCAUUUGAAAAAACAAAAAAUGAAGCAUUUUAUAUACAAGAACAUUCUACAGUUAACUCACAAAUGAUGAGUGUUAAUGGUACUUUUUCUUAUGCAUCAUUUCCGGAUAGAGGAUACGAAGCUGUAGAACUGUUAUACGAAGGAGAUGAUACCAGUAUGGUAAUUAUAUUACCGGACGAGAGCCUUAAAUUUGAUGCUCUACAGAAAGAUAUGAAUGAAACUGAAAUAAACGAUAUAUUUUCGAAUUUAGGACCAGCUAAUCUAUGCGUUAAAUUACCAAAAUUUAGUUACGAAUCCGUCGAAGCUUUCGGCUCGUCAAAUACGUAUAAAAAGUAUGCUAAUUUUUCAGGAAUUCAUGGAGAAAUGGAUUUGUUAAUAGCAGAAUUCCCUUAUAAAGCUGAGAUUUCGGUAAACGAAAAAGAAACUGAAGUUAAUGCCAUAACGGCUCUUGGACUUGAACUUAAACCCGGUUUUAAAGAAUAUGGAGUGCCAUACUUUAAUGUUAAUCAACCUUUUCUCUUCGUCAUUCGAGAUCGAAAAACAAAUGCCAUCAUAUUCAUGGGACGUGUGAAUAAGGUAUAG